AAUUGGUUAAUUCUUUUGGCUACUUUCUGACUUCUUUGAAACCCUCACAUAAAGAGCUUGUUUUGGGCAGAUGGGAGAGCUAGGGAAAUGUAUCAAAAUUUUGGUGAUGUUGUGGGUUUUGAUGUGACAUAUCGGACUAAUACAUUUCUUUUACCAUUUGCUCCAUUUAUUGGUGUGAACCAUCAUGGGCAGUCAACCUUGUUUGGAUGCGCCCUCCUAUCGGAUGAACAGGAAGAUAACUUUGUGUGGUUAUUUGAGUGGUGGUUGCGGUGCAUGGGGGGUAAAGCACCUGGUGCAAUUAUCACUGACCAGGACCCAGCAAUCACUAAUGCAAUUAAAAGGGUUUUUCCGAACACACGUCAUAGGUUUUGUAGUUGGCACAUCUCACUCCAUGAGGAUGAGCAUCUUCAGUCUUUAAGAUCAUCAUAUAAUCCUGGAUUUGAUGAACAAUAUUAUAAGUGGGUGAGAAAAAGUAAAACUAUUGAAGAAGCCAAGAAUGCACGGAAAAAGUUGAAGGAGAAAUAUAAACAAGAGUUUAUUGAGCCAUUGACAGAGAAGCAACACAAUGAAAAAAAGUCCUGGAAAUGUCAACGAAGUGAGAGCAUUAAUUCAUUUUUUGAUGGUUAUGUGAACUCUAUGACACCAUUAUUCGAGUUUGUUGGCCAAUAUGCUAAAGCUCUACAAUGUUGUCGUGAUGAAGAAGUGAAUGAAGACAUGUGGACAAUGAGAGCAAAGCCAAAUCCGUGUCACUUGCAUAAGUUAGAAGUUCGAGCUGGAAUGGUUUACACUAGAAAGAUAUUUGCUAAAUUUCAGAGUGAGUUCAAAGAUUCUUUAUAUUGUGUGCAUGAUGAAGUAGCUACUAAUGAUGGGAUGACCACAUAUGAUGUUAGUUAUGGGUUUGGGGGCAAGGUUGAUUCACACUCCGUGCGAUGUGGUCCGUCCAAGGAGGAGUUUGCUUGUACUUGUGGGAAGUUUGAGACUAGUGGUAUUUUGUGUAAACAUAUUCUUCACAUAAUGAUGCAAUGUUAUCGAAUGGAAGAGAUUCCUAAACAAUACAUUUUGGCUAGAUGGACCUUGGCAUAUAGAUAUAGUAGUAAACAAUCUCAAUUGAUAAGCACAUCAAAAGAAUUAGUGGUUUCUGCACUUGCUUCUUGGAAUCUUCAAAAAUCUCUUAAUGAAGUGCAUGACCAAGCAGUAAGUCAUGGCAAACUUUAUAAUGUUGCUGCAGUAGUGGUGGAAGAUUUGAAAAGGCAAUUAUAUAGUAUUAGAAAGGAGCUUGAAGGUUUGGUUACUGAACAAAGUGAGCAAGAUUUUGGUGCUCAAGCAAUAUCUCAAGAUUUAAUUUCAAGUAACAUAGAUAUUCGUGAUCCGAAAAGGGUUAGAACCAAGGGUCGACCAAAGGAACUUUCUAGGAUUCCUGCAGGAAAACAAGUGUCACAAAAUACAGCUCAUAUUAGAAGGCAAACUUGUAGCACAUGUGAUUUUAAAGGUCAUGAUUCUAGGACUUGUGGAAAGACAAAAGACAAGGUCAUAGAAGAUGGAAGUGCAAGUCAAUUACCCCAUGCAAAGGAGUGAUUGUUAUGAUAGAGUAACCUUUAAGCUUAUUUUGUAAAGAAUUGGAGCUUAUUUUGUUUAGUGUUAGGUUUGUUUUGGAUAUGAAUUGAGCUUAUUUUGUGAAGUUUAUAGCUUACUUUGUGAAGCUUGUAGAAAUUUGCAAUGAGCUUACUUUGUGAAGCUGUACAUUAUGAAGUUUAUAAAAGUUUGCAAUGUAC